AUGGUGGGUUUUGCGAACACAUGGGAUGAUCUACAGUGUCAAACACUCGAUGCACUGAGAGAGGAUAAGAUCUUGAGUCGGGUCAUGAAGCUGGCUUGGGGAUUGCAGCUGAACCAGCAGAGAUUUGUUUGGGUUGUACGUCAACCCACUGAGAAAGAUGCAUCCUUAUCUUAUUCCACGGCAGGGAUAGGAGGAUCUGAUGAUCUGUUAAGUUAUUUGCCCGAUGGAUUCAUCACCAGGACCCACACAGUGGGGCUGAUACACAAUGGGCCCCACAAGAGCAUGGCCACUGUAUGGGGAGCAAAAAUGGUUGCCACAAUCCUAACAGAAGAAGGUGGGGUGGCCAUAAGACCCAAGGAGGAGUCAUUGAACGAACUGAUGGGGAGGGAGGAGGUGGAGAGGAAGGUCAUGGAGGGUGAAUGGAAACUAAUGAAGGCUAGAGCCAAAGAACUACAAUGCGCGCUAGCGCUAGCGCAUGGAACUGCCUAA